CUCCCCCAAAAACCAUCUCACUAUGGCUGCGAAUCUGUCCCGACUUGUUCUCCCGGUGUUCGCCGGUGCCGCGUUCAUUAACGCCUCUCUCUACGACGUCAAGGGCGGUACCCGCGCCGUCAUCUUCGACCGGCUGUCCGGAGUGCAGGAACAGGUCAUCAACGAAGGGACGCAUCUGCUGGUCCCCUGGCUGCAGAAGGCGAUCAUCUUCGAUGUGCGGACGAAGCCUCGCAACAUCUCGACCACGACGGGGAGUAAAGAUUUGCAGAUGGUCAGUCUGACCCUGCGAGUGCUGCACCGCCCGGAGGUGACGAAACUGCCCCAAAUCUACCAGUCCUACGGUACCGAUUACGAUGAACGUGUCCUCCCCUCGAUCGGCAACGAAGUGCUGAAAGCCAUCGUGGCCCAGUUCGACGCCGCAGAGCUGAUCACGCAGCGUGAGGCAGUCUCGAACCGGAUCCGUACCGACCUGAUGAAGCGCGCGGGGCAGUUCAACAUCGCGCUGGAGGAUGUCUCGAUCACACACAUGACUUUCGGCAAGGAGUUCACGCGAGCCGUCGAGCAGAAGCAGAUCGCCCAGCAGGACGCCGAGCGGGCGCGCUUUAUCGUCGAACGCGCCGAGCAGGAACGCCAGGCCAACGUCAUCCGCGCUGAGGGCGAAGCCGAGAGUGCCGACAUCAUCAGCAAAGCCGUCGCCAAGGCGGGCAGUGGCCUCAUUGAAAUCCGUCGUAUCGACGCCAGCAAGGAGAUCGCCGCCACCCUCGCCAACAACCCGAAUGUCACCUACCUACCGGGAGGAGGCGAUGGCAAGGAGGGCGGAAAGAGCACCAGUCUCCUUCUGGGCCUGAGAAACUAAAAGCAAAAAGCAAACAAAAAAAUUUGUUUUACCUAAGAUUGAUUCGAUUUGGUAUCGGUUGAAUUGGGCUGUAUAAUCUGGCGACUCUUUAUGCAUCA